GCGCAGCGCACUUCGCUUAUUGCUUCGCUCGUUCACAACGUCGCCGCUGUCGUCGUCGCUGUCGCUGUCGUCGUCGUCGCUGCUCGCAGUUUAGCCCUGCAAAAAAAGGAAAUUAUAAAAAUAAAACGGUGCAAUGUUCCUCAGCGAUCAGUGUAUCCUGCAUCUUCGAAAAGAGCAGCGAAUUAACGACUUUUCUUCAAGUGUAAAAAUGUAAACUAACUUUAACUAACUAUAAUAAUCAUAACUAUAACAAUUGCGCACAAAUUUGUGCUAACAAAGAAAAUAAUCAAAACCAAACCAAAGACAAACAAAGGGAGAGAUAUUAAGAAUGUUUGACGUGCCGCCCAAGUGUCCAGCGCUGGCCAACAAAUUGAGCGGCCUUUUUGGGUGGCGCCACACCUACAAGGUGGCUGCCAAGCAUGAGGGCAUUCCCCAUGGCACCCUACACAAAUCAUAUUCAUUGACGCUGCCCAAACGACCCCCAUCACCGAGCUACGACUGCGUGAAGGAAGCGGGCUCCUGGGUGGCCGUACACCAUCUGCAGACACAGUCGGGAAUUCUGGAUCCCGAUGACUGUGUGCGCGAUGUGGCCGACGAUCGGGAGCAGAUACUGGCCCACUUUGAGGACUCUGGUCCCGAUCCGGGUGUGCCGCAGGGCGGCGGCGAUGGCGCCUCAGGGAGCUCCUCGGUGGGAACUGGCUCGCCGGACAUCUUCCGUGAUCCGACAAACACAGAGGCGCCCACACGGGAUCUGUCCACGCCACACAUUGAGGUGACCAGCACCACGUCCGGUCCAAUGGCUGGCCUAGGAGUGGGCCUAAUGGUGCGGCGCAGCAGUGAUCCCAAUCUGUUGGCAUCCCUCAAGGCGGAGGGCGGCAACAAACGUUGGUCCGCGGCGGCGCCUCAUUAUGCCGGAGGAGAUUCACCGGAGCGCCUGAUGUUGGAUAAGGCCGGUGGCCAAUUGUCGCCACAAUGGGAGGAGGAGGAUGAUACGGCGGCACAGCUGAAGGAGCAGUUGCUGCAACAACAACAGCAACAACAACCACAACAUGCUGGAGCAACUGGUGGUCAUCAGCCAUUUGCUCGAUCCGGCCGGCUGUCGAUGCAGUUUCUGGGCGAUGGCAAUGGCUACAAGUGGAUGGAGGCGGCCGAGAAGCUACAGCAACAGCAACAGCCGAUGCCAACGUCGCUGCCAAACAGCGCCUAUUCGAGCAAAUCCCUUCCUCGGGAGAGUAAGCGCAAGGAGCCGCUGGGUCAGGCAUACGAGUCCAUACGGGAGAAGGAUGGCGAAAUGCUGCUCAUCAUCAAUGAGUACGGCAGUCCAUUGGGAUUGACGGCGAUGCCGGACAAGGAACACGGCGGCGGAUUGCUCGUUCAGCACGUCGAGCCAGGCAGUCGGGCGGAACGUGGACGGUUGCGUCGCGAGGAUCGCAUCCUGGAGAUCAAUGGCAUCAAACUGAUUGGUCUCAGCGAGUCCCAAGUCCAGGAGCAACUGCGUCGUGCCCUCGAAUCAUCCGAGUUGAGAGUGCGCGUCCUGCGCGGCGAUCAACAGCGUCGCCAGCAGCAACGUCGCGAUUCCAAGGUGGCCGAAAUGGUUGAGGUGGCCACCGUUUCGCCCACACGCAAACCACAUGCUGCUCCCGUCGGCACCUCCUUGCAGGUGGCCAACACCCGCAAAUUGGGUCGCAAAAUUGAGAUACUGCUGAAGAAGGGACCCAAUGGCCUGGGCUUCUCGGUAACCACGCGCGAUAAUCCCGCAGGCGGACAUUGCCCCAUCUACAUUAAGAACAUUUUGCCACGUGGCGCUGCCAUCGAGGAUGGACGCCUCAAGCCCGGCGAUCGCCUCCUCGAGGUCGAUGGCACCCCGAUGACCGGCAAGACCCAAACGGAUGUGGUCGCCAUACUCCGUGGCAUGCCCGCCGGCGCCACAGUGCGCAUUGUUGUCUCCCGGCAACAGGAGCUCGCUGAAAUGCCCGUCGGUCCGGAACCUGUGGAGAAGGUAGUAUCAGUGGCACCAGCGGCGGUUUCCGCUUCCAGCACCACGGUGGCCAACGCCACCGCUCACACUUCCUCAUCUGCAUCCGCAUCCGUUUCCAUUCCUGUGCAAAAGUCGAGCAGCGCCAGGUCGUUGUUCCAACAGCAGCAGCAACAACAACAGGCACAGCUCAAUGAAUCUCAGCACUUUAUUGAUGCGGGCAGCGAGUCGGCGGCUUCCAAUGACAGCCUUCCUCCCAGCAGCAGCAGCUGGCAUUCGCGGGAGGAGUUGACACUGCACAUACCCGUCCAUGACACGGAGAAGGCGGGCCUUGGGGUCAGUGUGAAGGGCAAGACGUGCUCCAAUCUGAAUGCGUCGACGGCCAGUGCGGGCAGCGGAGGCAUGAAACACGAUGGCGAUCUUGGGAUAUUCGUGAAGAAUGUCAUCCAUGGUGGCGCCGCAUCGCGUGAUGGACGCCUGCGAAUGAAUGACCAACUGUUGAGCGUGAAUGGCGUUUCGCUGCGUGGCCAGAACAAUGCUGAGGCCAUGGAGACACUGCGUCGCGCUAUGGUUAAUAAUCCGGGCAAACAUCCGGGCACCAUAACCCUGCAAGUCGGACGUAAAAUACUGCGAUCGGCCAGCACCAGUGACAUUUUGGAGCAUAGCCAUAGUCAUAGCAAUAGUAGCAACAGCAACAGCAGCAACAGCAAUGGCAACAAUUCGAAUUGCAACAGCAACAGCAACAACAACAACAACAACAGCAGCUCCAAUGCCAGCGAUAAUUCUGGCGCCACAGUGAUCUACUUAAGCCCGGAGAAACGAGAAGCACGCGGCAGCGGAAAUGGACCUGGCAGCGCCGGCAGCGAUAUGAAUAGAUGGAGCAAUCCCGUUUUGGAUCGUCUAACCGGUGGCAUUUGCUCCACAAAUUCUGCGCAGCCGUCACAGCAACAACAACAAUCGCAAGCUCAAUCGCAGUCGCAGUCGCAGCGUCGCCAGCCACCGCCAUCUCUUGGUGGCAACAAUGCGGCACUGCGUAAUGAAAGCUAUUACAUGGCCACCAAUGAUAACUGGUCGCCGGCGCAGCUGCAGCUGCCCAAUGGCCAUGGUUAUACGGCGCUGCUCAUUGAGGACGAUGCGGAACCCAUGUCACCCACUCUGCCGGUGCGAGGACACGAUGGUCAACACUGCAACGCGAGCAGCGCGAACACAUCGCAAGCUAGCGCCGGCAUGGGGCAGGUUGGGGCAACAUCUGCCAAUGGGGCAGGUGGCAAUUUCGAUGCCACAUACUCGUCGCAGCUGAGCCUGGAGACGAACAACUCGGGAGUGGAGCAUUUCUCGCGCGAUGCUCUGGGACGUCGCAGCAUCUCGGAGAAGCAUCAUGCGGCGCUGGAUGCACGCGAAACAGGAACCUAUCAGCGCAACAAGAAGUUGCGCGAGGAACGGGAACGCGAGCGUCGCAUACAGUUAACCAAAUCGGCGGUGUAUGGUGGCUCCAUUGAGUCGCUGACUGCACGCAUUGCCAGUGCGAAUGCCCAGAUGGCGGCUGCAGCGGCUGGCUAUAAGCACGCCAAGACCAGUUCGCACAUUGAGCAGCGGGAGCAACAGAUGCUCGUCGCUGAGGCGGAGGCACGCGACCAGCUUGGGGAUUUGGGACCAUCGCUGGGCUUGAAGAAGUCCUCGUCAUUGGAAUCACUACAAACGAUGGUCCAGGAGCUGCAAAUGUCCGACGAGCCGCGUUCUCAUCAUGCCCUCCGUGCGCCACGUGGACGCGGUCGUGAAGAUAGUUUACGUGCCGCUGUGGUCAGCGAACCGGAUGCAAACAAGCCGCGCAAGACCUGGCUGCUGGAGGAGGGCGAUCACGAGGGCGGCUUUGCCUCACAGCGCAACGGACCCUUCCAGAGUUCCCUCAACGAUGGCAAGCAUGGCAGCAAGUCGCGUGCCAAAAAGCCGAGCAUACUGCGUGGCAUUGGCUACAUGUUUCGCUUUGGCAAGAAUCGCAAGGAUGGCGUCGUUCCCGUCGAUACCUAUGCCACAUCCUCGCUGGCUUCAUCGACUCCUCACACAGCUGCCCAACAACAACAGCAGCAGCAGCAACAGCAGCAACUGCAACAACAACAAAUUCCAACUGCUGCUUUGGCCGCCUUGGAGCGUAAUGGAAAACCGCCAGCUUAUCAGCCACCUCCACCUCUGCCAGCUCCAAAUGCCACUGGUGGCGGUGGUGUAGGUGGUGCUGCUGCUGCUGGUGUAGUUGUCAGUGGUGCAACAACUGCUAACGGUGGCAUUCAUCAGAAUGAUAUAUUCAAUCAUCGCUAUCAACAUUAUGCCAACUAUGAAGAUUUGCAUCAGCAUCAGAUUAGUCGACGCCAUCAGCAUUACCAUUCGCAGCGCAGCGCGCGUUCACAGGACAUCAGCUUGCAUUCAUCAUCGAGCCAACAGCAGCCACCAUUGCCACUGCCGCCAUCAGCAGCAGCUGUGGCAGCGGCAGCAGCAGCGGCACAUCAGCAACAGCAGCAACAACAACAGCAGUCGAAUGGUGUCAUGCGUCCAAUGAGCAGCUAUUAUGAGUACGAUACGGUGCAACAGCAACGUGUGGGCAGCAUUAAGCAUAGCCAUAAUCAGAAUCACAAUCACAAUCCCAAUCACAAUCACAGCCAUAAUCAUAGCCAUGGUGCACAUGGUCUGCACAAUGGCAACACAUCGUCGCCGAUCAGUGUGAAUGUGCCACAGCCGCAUUGGAAGGCAGCGGGACUCAAUGGCUUCUCGCCGGCAUCCUUGAACAGCAGUGCGCGCAGUCGUGGACCUUUUGUUACACAAGUCACCAUACGCGAGCAGAGUGGCAUGCCACAGCAGCAGCAGCAGCAGCAGUUGCAGCAGCAACAGCCCACUUAUCAGACGGUGCAGAAGGCGCAGUCACAGUACGGCAGUGGCGCAGGUGCACAGCCGCAUGCCUCGAAGGUGUGACUAUAGGUGCUGGCGCAUGCGCGCGCCACACGCGACGUCCUCGUGGAGAGUCCGCACAGCCGGCACUCGGAGUUGAGCGAAGUGGAGGUAUUCUACUAUGCAACCGAGUGCUAGAAAUCACACAUAUGAGGCAUGUGGCAUGGACAUGGGGCACGCAACGCAUGUGAGACGCAAGCGGCCGGCAAAGCAAUAUCAACUGUCAACCAGUUUGAUAAACAACUUUUUUUUUUUUUUUGUUUGUUUUUGUUUUAAUUUAAUAAAAUAUUUUUCAACCCAUUUGACAAGGAGACAAACACACGUAUAUGCUUAUAGUUAAGCUCAUUAAAAAAAUACAUUACAAAAAGAAAAGUAUUCCAUGUAAAGCGCAUUGAGGAUUCAAAAAUCAAAUGCACUUAGUUUAAGUUUGUAUUAAUCAUUUAAGUCUAAGUCAAAGACCAUGUAAAUACUUACAAUUCAAUUUAAGCUUAAAGUGAAUCGAUUAAAAAGCGAAAACAAUUUCAGUUUGUACGAAUCGAAAAAAAACAAGUCUCAAAACAUAAAUCAAGACAUUUGUUUAAAUAUGUAAUAAUUUAUAUAUAUUUUGUUUGAAUAAAAUUGUCUAAAGAAUAUAACAACUAUAUUUGUCACUUGAAAAACAUAAUUUAAGUCAAAACCAUGCUGUAAAUAACUUAAAAGGCAUAAUUAUCGAUACAUCAUCUAAAUAAUUACAUACCAUUAUAUUUAUAUAAAUCUAUAAAAUUAUAUAUAACAUACAUUUUUUUUUCUAGCUUUAAAGCAGUCGCCAUUUUGUGCAAAUGUGAAAAUUGCAAAGUUAAACUUAAAGUCCAAUUAAUUAAUUUUUUCGUACAUUCAUCUAAAUGCAAUAAGCUAAAUUUAUUAAUAAACUUAAGUUUGUAUUAGACAUAAUAGGCCCAGCUAAAUAAAUAGACUGGGCAUUUAAACAAGACGCGACUUUGGAUUAGAUCGUAUUAAUCAUAUAAUAUAUGAUACACAUAGUAUAUAUAU